CUGUACCCGAGGAUUUGACGUUUGGCUUUCGCAGUGUCGCAAACUUAUUCGUGCUGAUAUUCUUUUGAUAUUUUUACUGGUGAGCACACUCAAGAGUUAUUAUUCUGAGAGGAAAAAUGUACGUCGUCGCGACUUUCGCGAUUUUCACCACUUUUCAAGCUGCUUUUGGAGCUCCCGUAGGGGAUCGCUUACGAUUCAGUGGACGUAGGGAACCGGAAAAUCCCGAGCACAGAACAUUCAACAGACGAGGCUCCUCCAGCGAAAGUGGAUCCAACAUUGCAGAUGUGUUCCAAAUACCGAUUGCAGUGAUAAAAGGAACUUCAGCUGCAGCCCAAGCUCUGUCACCUCAGAAUACUCAGGUCAUUCAGUCGAUAUUUGACAUUCCUGUGACGACGUUGGACGCCGUGGGAAACUACAUCAAAGAAUCUCGACCGCAGAGAAUCGGCAACAAUAAUUUCGACAACGGCAACAACUUCGAUGCCAGCAACAGCGACGCUCAAAAUUUUGGAACACGGAGACCUUUGAGCUUGAGUGAUCAAAGACGGCAGGAGCACAGAGAUAGAAUACUGAAGCUGAGAGAGCAGGAACGCGAUCGUCGCAAAGCGAUGGACGAGGAAAGAUUUUUCCACUCCGGUCCUUGCUCGGGCCUUAAUAUCUUGUCCAGUUUCGCAGACUUGUUGGUCGGCGGUGGGGGGCAUCAUACUGGCAAUUUGUUUGGGGGUCAUGGUCAUGGACAUGGACAUGGUCACGGUCAUGGUCAUGGGCAUCAGUCGAGGCCUCCGAAACGCCCGUUGAGACCAUCGAGACCCGGACAUCACGGAGGUCAUGGCUCAGCCGGAAAUUUAGGCGGUGGAAAUAAUCAGUAUGCAGUUCACGAAGAAGUGAACGAACGGCCGAUGUAUUCGGGAAUAUUUUCAUGGCUGCAAACCGGAACUAGUGCUCAGUUGAACGACAACGAAAUUCAGAACAAAAUAGCCCCAGGCUCCGAGCUCCGCAUCAACCGAGGAAGCGCGGAGUCUCGGAAUUCAUGAAGGAACAAACGAAGAGAAACAUUUUAUUGCCAUGUGAAUGGAAAUAAUCAGGGAGUACGAAUGACUUUUGUAUAACUCGCGUGUAUCUGAAAUAUAUUAUAGAAACUGAAUGUAAAAAUAAAAGUGAUCACGACGAUUGGCCUUUGUUCUGCUUGAUCAAAAGCGAUCUUUGGUUUUAUAACGUACCCACUGUGACGGGUUGGUCGACUCCACGCAGCGAACGAAAUUUCAAUUGCUAAUAAAAAAAUCGUGCAUGUCAACGAAAUACGAGACACGCAUCAGCAACGAAGUGCAGACUGCAAGUGGCCGUUCUUUUGUUUUAUCGCGCUUAAAAUAUUAAUUAAAAUCGACAAACUCUUAUCCGCA